UCAACAGCAGCAAAAGCAGCAACAACAAAACAAGAUGGCGUGGACAGAUGUAUUACAAGCAAUUCUCGUGCUGCCGUUCACUGCAGGAAAUUCGAGGACCGUUCGGAACCGACCAUUGGAUUUAGACGGAACUUCAUCUACUGUUGUUGUUAGAAUGUUCUUUUUCUCCUUAAUCUUUCUGCUGGUGACGACCAUGACGGACCCAGAACACACCUUGAUUAAGUUCGUUUGGGUACAAAUCUUUUUGUCCAUUGUCGUCUCCCUUGGUUUGCUGUCCUGUAUAAUUGCUGUCGUUGUCAUCAAGAUCAAAGGUUUUCACUCCAUCAUGGUGCCACGAAGAGAUGUCUCGACUUCUCGUUUUCAAAUGACUGUUCUAUGGGUGUUUGGGGUCUUGUCUGUCACUUUUAGCUUCCUGAAGAGCGGCCAUAUAGUAGAGUGUAUCCAUAUUCAAGGACCAAAUUUCACCGAUGACGUCCAUGUCAUGGAGUGUGUAUACUACGGAAUCAUCUUCGUGUUGUUGCCUGUUCAGAUGUUAACUCUUACCUAUCUGACGCCGUACCGAUUCAAAAGGUCCUUACGGAUUCAGUAUAUGAUACUUUUAGUUCUAGCUUCUAACCUGACGAUGUGGGUUUACGCUUUAAUGGACCAUAAUACUAACUCAAAGGAAAAACUUGGAAACGACACGUGGCAUACCAAUUGUACAAACUUAACAUUUACACGUAUGCUCCAUGUUUCAGAUCAAAUUCUUCCACCGAUAUUCUUGGAAUACUCCAUGUUAGCAAUUACGAUGACACAAAAUCUGUCCAUGAAAUGGGAAACGUACAAUGACGAAAGGGAACACGAAGAUAUAGAAAUCCACAGUUUAACAGAAACAAAUGAGGUGAUAACUUCAGAGGAAUCUCGGGAUUCCACUGUUCAAAAUGACGCUGAAACUCCAUUAUUAUCCGGGAGUGGUACUACAGUUAAGAGAAAACAAAGACAAUCUGUUUUGUUUUAUAUAAGUUUCAUGUUGUCCUGUUUAGUUGGCGUCAGUAUUUUUAUUGGAUAUAUUGUCCGAGUUACCGGUCAUACACAAAUAACAAAAGGAUGGCUUCUUUGUUUGGAAUUCGUAGUUGCUAUUAUGAUGACUGUAUGUACAUUUACUGGGUAUUUUUUAGUGACAAGAGACACUCGUCCUCCACUCAAGUCCAAGUCUAUUUCCGGAGGUGAAUACGUCUUCAUUAUCUCCGCAAUUGGAGCACUGACUGGAAGUUUACUGCGAAUACUAGCUUCAAUCAAAAUGGAAUAUCCGAGCUCUCUUUUCCUGCCUUCACGGGUAAUGUUUUGUAUACUUUGCUACCUACAGACUGUGCUGAUCCUGCAUGCUAGCCGCUGUAACCCAAAGCGUCACCACCGGACCACUUCGUUGAAGGGUGUUUUACUUUUACUGUCUUUGUACAAUUGCGGAAUUUGGAUCGUCGAUAGUUUUAUAAUCGGCAGUCAUCCUGAUUUAGAUAAGGCCGAAAACGAGAUACUAGGUCCAGCCAUGUUGAAAAUGAGUCACAAUGUUUGUCAUCCUUUGGAUGUCUUCUUUAGAUUUGCCUCGGCACUAGAACUGUAUGAAUUGUAUAAGAAAUUUGGGACCUAAACAAGUAUUUGGUUCCUUCAGACAACAUCUAUAAAUGAGGACCAAAUAGGGAUUGAAUGGUGUUUUUAUUGCGUUUAUGGUGGUAGGAACGCAAUGGGAUACAGACAUAUUCUAUAUCGCGCGUUUAUACUAUAUACUUAAUAUGUCUGUAUCCUAUUUCUUUCAUACCAAUGUAGACGCAAUAAAAACACCGUUCCAUGCAUAUAUUUGCAUUAAACACAUCGUUGAAAUACUGUACGAAGAAAAUAAAAGUCGUGAUGUGUUGCGAGGUUGGUGACUAUGGCAGCCGUGGUUGCUAAGAUAAUAUAGUUCCAAUGAAUCUACGUAAAGGAACCAGUAUUGUUAACAAAAUGAAAAGAAACAACUCAACAUUUUUGUUUAAUAUAUUUUACGUUUUCAACGGCUUGAUAUAUUCAAAAUCCGCAAUUUCCGUUUCGGAUUAACGACUAAAGUAUGUUGUCAAGCACUGCGGUUAUUGACACAGAUUUAGUGGUGACGUGGUUGAAAGUUCUAUAGGAACUGUACGCUUCAGCGAUUUGUUGUAAGCUUACCUCGUGGAGAAGUUAAAUAUUCACUCAUUUCCGCAAUCUUCAGUUUAUUUUUUGGCAAAAUACUCACUUGACAUUAGCUUUUUCACACAGAUCAUUGGGUAACAGGAGAAAACGCUAAAUUGCAUUGAUCAGUCCUUUGAAAAUGGCGCCGUCUAGUUGACGUUCAGGUAACGCCACAAAGAGACAACGUCAAGACGAUUAUGUUACUGAUUGCCGCGCUUAUUAAUCCAUUGAGGCUUUUUAUCAUUGCGUUUACGCUAAUUUUAACGCAGUCAGAGUUUACUACACUUAAGAAGGAGAGAUGUAAAUAUAGUGAUCUGGUCACUUGUGCAUGAGGGAUAAAUUCACAAGUAGACAAAUUAAAUAAGACUAAAAUUACGAAAUAUACCGUCGUUAAGGUACAUGUCCACACAUCUGAUAUAAAAUCUCCAUUCAGGUUUAUUUUACCUGUAAACCCAGGGCUUCUUACGAAGCGACUACGGUAAUCACACCUGGCCGUAUAUGCCCAGGGCUACUGAGACAACACUCUCAUUGAAUCCUAUUGUAACACCUUCAUGCUUGACCGCAGACACCUUACUGGCUUCCAAACAGGGUUUGCUGGUGAGGUACUGCAUUGGGUAUUUAACGAAACUGAAACAUGUUGUUAUGCAAGAUUCCAUUGAAAAUAUAUACUGUACCCGCAGUGGACCCCAGGUUACCUUGCACUUUUACAAUCCAAGGACAUAACCAUUUGUAUAUUUCACCUAUACAUUGCCCAAUAUUAGCAAAUACAAUAGCAUGAAUUAUUUCCUUUCAAAAAAAUCCAGAGCCAUUUCUGGAACUAGCAUCAUUAUAAAAAUAAAUCAAGUUGUUGAUCCAUUUGUCUGAAAGGUACUGCUAUCAAUAUUUUAUCUGAGUAUUGAUUAUAAAUACCAAAAAAUAAUUGACAUGUCUUUUUAAUGAUAGUAACCGUGUAAAUGGUAAUAAGUUGCGUACCUAUCGCCUAUAUAAAAAUGAAAUUAGUACAAGUUUUUAUGUUAAAAAUAUUAGAAAUAGAUCACACAGAAGAAUUUUAUCUAAUUUUAGAAGUGGUGAUCUGCCAUUAGCUAUAGAAACGGGUAGAUACGCCAGGCCAAUAAUUCCUUUACAAGAAAGGAAAUGUAUAUAUUGUACAUCAAAUCAUGUUGAGGAUGAAACUCACUUUUUUAUUGAUUGCGAUUUUUACUCUGACUUGAGACUUUUAGUUUUUAAUAAAGCAGAAGCUAAUUUACAGAAUUUUAAUGCUUUAAACAGCAGAUAAAUUAAUAUUUCUUAUAAAAGAAGAUAAUUUGCAAAAGGAUGUCGCCAGGUUAAUGUUUGAUAUGUACCAAAGAAGACAAAACUUUUUAUCAAUAAGUCUUAAUGUUAAUUGACUCUCAAGAUUUUACUGUAGUAGUGUCUCAUAAGCCAAAUAUGGCUGGGUUUUGAUGCAUUUUAACGUUUUUAAUGAAAUGAUGCUUGUAUUUUAUGUAUAUUUUAUGUAUCAAUACGCGACACUCUAAUAAACAUAUCUGAAUCUGAAAAUCUGAAUCUGUACCAACCCCCUCUGAAGUGGUCUGUUGUUACAUAGGGUAGGUGAGCUUGCAACACUGAAAGUAAAAAUCUAAAUUAUAUUUUUAGAAUUCAAGCAUAGGAGUACCUUUGUAAAUGUCAUAUGGUUAUCCUUGGAAAAGUAUAAUUUCGUACCUGUUUCCUGUUUUGAGAUGGAUUUUUUUUUAAAGUUUCUACUUAUUCUCGCUGUAAACGAACCAACAAUUUGGUUUAUUAGGAAGAAUUGGUAAGCCUUUGUGAAUACAAAGUGUUCCAUUUUCAAAAGAAACACAGGUAAAACCAUAGCUAAUCUCGCAAACACCCUGGUGUUUGUACAAACGAUUUCAAUAGCAAAUAUUUUUUACUUGAAGUCUGGUCAUGAACCUUAACAUCGCUGUUCAUUCGUAAUUUCCACCAUAUGAUAUCUUUUCAUUUUGAUUUUGCUUUAAUAUUGCAUAUAAUAUAUUCAUUGAAAUUG